UCAUCUCCAUAACAAUUAACCAAAACGAGCUUUUUCCAAGACUUGGCUAAAUUUUCAAAUCCCAUUCAAUUAGUAUACACUCUCUCAACCAGUCUCAUUAAUGAGGGUUGCUGCUUCUGAUGGUUAGCAGUAAGAGUUAUUUUCCUCCACUUGUUUUCUUCUUCCUAAUGCCAUCUUCUCUGUCUCUAUAAAUUUCUCCAAGAAAACCAUAUCCUUUUAUACUAAACCUUGAUAUAUCUCUCACCACCAGUUUUGGAAACACCAUUCAUAUUCCUUAAGUUUCCUCAAAAGGGAUUAUUAUUUUCCAGGAAACAAAAACAACCAUUUCCGUAUCAUUCAAUCACAAUCUCCUAUUAUAGCAACUUCGAGAGAGAAAUAUCACCAGAUAUGGAUGUAUCCAAUACGAUGCUGCUUGUAGCGAUCGCUGCAGCUUACUGGCUGUGGUUUAAGCGGAUCUCACGUUGGCUAAAGGGUCCACGUGUCUGGCCGAUAUUGGGGAGUCUCCCGGGUCUGAUCGAGCAGCGUGACCGUAUGCACGACUGGAUCACUGAGAACCUCCGUGCGUGUGGGGGAACGUAUCAGACAUGUAUCUGCGCAGUGCCUUUCUUGGCAAAGAAGCAAGGUCUCGUGACGGUCACGGCCGACCCCAAGAACAUUGAACACAUGCUCAAGACCCGCUUCGAUAACUACCCUAAAGGUCCUACGUGGCAAGCUGUUUUUCAUGACUUCCUCGGCCAAGGCAUCUUCAACUCCGACGGUGACACCUGGCUCUUCCAGCGCAAAACCGCCGCUCUUGAAUUCACCACCAGGACGCUGAGACAAGCCAUGGGUAGGUGGGUAAACCGGGGAAUCAAGCUCCGGUUCUGUCCAAUUCUUGAAACGGCUCAGAACACAUGCGAGCCGGUCGACCUUCAAGACUUGGUACUACGGCUCACAUUCGACAACAUAUGCGGUUUAGCUUUUGGGAAAGACACUCGAACCUGUGCGCCGGGACUUCCCGAGAACGGCUUCGCUUCGGCUUUCGACCGAGCCACGGAAGCUUCUCUCCAGCGGUUUAUUCUGCCGGAGUUUCUGUGGAGGAUCAAGAAAUGGCUUGGGCUCGGCUUAGAAGUCAGCUUGAACCGGAGCUUGGGAGAGAUCGAGGGGUAUUUAGACGCUGUCAUUAAUACACGUAAGCAAGAGCUGCUGAGUCAGCAGGAGAGUGGGGUCCAGGGACACGACGAUCUCCUCUCCCGUUUCAUGAAGAAGAAAGAUCAGAAAGGGCAGUCGUACAGCGAGGGUUUCCUGCGACACGUGGCGCUGAAUUUCAUAUUAGCUGGACGUGACACGUCAUCAGUAGCGCUGAGCUGGUUCUUCUGGCUCGUGAUGACGCAUCCAACGGUGGAGGAGAAGAUCGUCCGGGAGAUAUGCUCCGUUCUGAUGGAGACACGUGGAAGCGACGUCUCGUCGUGGACGGAGGAGCCGUUAGGAUUCGAUGAGGUGGAUCGAUUGGUUUACCUGAAGGCGGCGCUCUCCGAGACGCUCAGGCUUUACCCGUCGGUGCCGGAGGACUCGAAGCACGUCGUGAACGACGAUGUUCUCCCGGACGGAACCUUCGUACCGGCGGGAUCGUCGGUGACAUACUCGAUCUACGCGGCGGGGAGGAUGAAGACGACGUGGGGAGAGGAUUGCCUUGAGUUCAAGCCGGAGAGGUGGAUCUCGCCGGAAGAUGGAAAGUUCGUGAACCACGAUCAGUACAGAUUCGUGGCGUUCAACGCCGGACCGAGGAUAUGUCUCGGGAAAGAUCUAGCGUAUCUGCAGAUGAAAACGAUAGCUGCGGCGGUGUUACUCCGGCACAGUCUGACGGUGGCGCCGGGACAUAAGGUGGAGCAGAAGAUGUCGCUGACGUUGUUCAUGAAGAACGGACUUGUGGUGAAUGUGCACAAGAGGGAUCUGGAAGGGAUCAUGAAGAGUCUCGUAAGGACGGAGAGAAACGACGUCGUCGCGGCCACCCUUAACGGGAAAUGCAACGGCGUCAUUGGUGAAGGCGUCUCCUCCGUUAAUGCGGCUGUGGCGGUUGCGGUGUAGACGUCGCGUCGCACAGCUACUCUGGUUAAUAAUAAUAUUUUUAAUAUAUAUUUACUAAAUACAUACAAUUUACGUUUGGGUUUUGUGAUUACGAAAGGUGGUAAAAGUCGAAAGAAAUUGGUUUGGUUGUGUGUGAUAUGAUAUUUGUAAGGUAAUACUACUUUCGUUUGUUUUUGUUUUCCUCUGUUGUAAAAGCUUUUACAUUUUGACU